CACCUUUCUCUCUCCUCCUCAAGGAAAGUCUCCUUUGACCAAUUCCCUUCUUCCCCCCAUCUUCUUCAAUCCUUCCUUCCUCCUUCUUUCCCCCCUCCUGUCUCUCUCUUUGCUCAUCUCUAUAGCUAUUGCUCUUAAGCCCUUCCCCCCACCCCCACCCCUCCCCAUCCUCUAACAUUACCAUUUGAUAUAUUGAUGCUUCUUAUCUCCUCAAACUUGGGAGGUCGCCAGAGAAGAAGAGAAUGGGCUCUUGCUUUUCCAGUGCCACCAAGGUAGGCGGCUCCUACAGCGGCAGCGCCGGGCAACGGGACGCCGCGGCGGCGCAGAGCCCACCGGACAGCGGCCCACAGCAGAAGCCGCAGGAGGUGCAAAGGAAUCCGUCACAGCAUCGACGGCAGCGGCAGCAGAAGGAAAGGCAUCGGCGACGGCCGAGCGGCUCCGUGCCGUAUGGUAAAAGGACCGACUUUGGCUACGCCAAGGACUUCGACAGCCGGUAUUUCAUUGGGAAGCUCCUCGGCCAUGGACAAUUCGGAUACACCUUCGUCGCCACCGAUAAGGCCAAUGGGGACCGGGUGGCGGUCAAGAGGAUCGACAAGAAUAAGAUGAUCCUUCCUAUUGCCGUGGAGGAUGUGAAGAGAGAAGUAAAGAUACUGCAAGCACUGAAAGGCCACGAGAAUGUUGUCCACUUCCAUAAUGCAUUUGAAGAUGAAUCUUAUGUAUAUAUAGUUAUGGAGUUAUGCGAGGGUGGUGAACUAUUGGAUCGGAUAUUGGCCAAGAAGGAUAGUCGCUAUACUGAGAAAGAUGCUGCAGUAGUUGUACGGCAGAUGCUCAAAGUAGCAGCUGAGUGUCAUUUGCAUGGUUUAGUACAUCGAGAUAUGAAGCCUGAGAACUUUCUCUUCAAAUCAACUAAAGAGGACUCACCUCUUAAGGCAACAGAUUUUGGCCUUUCUGAUUUUAUAAAGCCUGAUAGGAAAUUCCAUGAUAUUGUUGGCAGUGCCUAUUAUGUUGCUCCAGAAGUAUUAAAACGCAAGUCCGGGCCUCAGUCAGAUGUAUGGAGCAUUGGGGUAAUAACCUACAUUUUGCUUUGUGGAAGACGUCCAUUUUGGGAUAGAACUGAGGAUGGAAUUUUUAAGGAGGUCCUAAGGAACAAGCCUGAUUUUCGUCGGAAGCCAUGGCCAAGCAUAAGCAACAGCGCAAAAGAUUUUGUUAAAAAGUUAUUAGUGAAAGAUCCUCGUGUGAGACUGACUGCUGCUCAAGCUCUGUCACAUCCAUGGGUGAGAGAAGGGGGAGAUGCAUCAGAGAUCCCAUUAGAUAUAUCUGUACUGUCCAACAUGCGCCAAUUUGUGAAGUACAGCCGUUUCAAGCAGUUUGCGCUUAGGGCACUGGCAAGUACACUCAAUGAGGAGGAGUUGGCUGAUCUUAAGGACCAAUUUGAUGCAAUUGACAUUGACAAAAGUGGUUCCAUUAGUCUUGAAGAAAUGAGACAAGCUCUUGCAAAAGAUCUUCCUUGGAGAUGUAGAGAACCACGUGUUCGGGAGAUUGUUGAAGCUAUCGAUAGCAACACGGAUGGACUGGUCGAUUUCCCUGAAUUUGUGGCAGCAACUUUACAUGUGCAUCAGAUGGAGGAGCAUGACUGUGAAAAAUGGCGUAAACGCUGUCAAGCCGCUUUUGACAAAUUUGAUGUAGAUAGAGAUGGAUAUAUCACGCCUGAGGAACUUAGAAUGGUAAAUGGUCUCUAUCUUGACUCGCACACGGGGCUAAAGGGCUCUAUCGAGCCACUAUUGGAGGAGGCUGACAUUGAUAAGGAUGGGAAGAUAAGCUUGUCUGAAUUCCGCAAGCUUUUAAGAACUGCAAGCAUCGGCUCACGCAACGUUCCCAGUCCAUCUGGCAUUCGAUAUCAUCAGAUAUUGUAGAUGGUAAAAGCCAUUGAAGUGGAGCGAGUGAGAGAGGCAGGGAGAUGCUAUGCUGGAGUUCUGAUCCUCAGAACAGUUUUGUUGCAUACGAUGAACCUCCAUUACCUUCCCCUGCUCACAUUUCUUGUCAUAGAUUUAUGUGAUCAUCUAUUUUUUUGUGAAUUGCAAGUGUGCAGUUUGUGAGAGACCAGUUACACCUGAAGAGUGCUUCUGAAAAAGAUUCCUAGGAGCCACCAAUACAUGAUCAGAUGUAGUUGCUCUCCUAUCCUGCUUAUUGUACAUUCUGGUGCCGUGGGGAGAAGGUCGCAUCCACCUCUGACCACAAAUGUCAUGUGUGAUUGUACAUCCCAAUGCAAAUUGGUCUUUAGAAUUCAUAGCACACAUUUGCUUACCUUA